UGCGCAGACGCCUCGGCGGGAGCGCGCACGGUCCGGACGGGAGCGCGCUCUGGUCACGUGAGAGCGACGGCGGCGGCGCCGGCUUUUCCCUUCGGGCUCCGAUAAAGAUGUCAGGCUGCCAAGUUCCUCGUAAUUUUUGUUUGCUGGAAGAGCUUGAAGACGGCCAAAAAGGAGUAGGUGAUGGGACAGUGAGCUGGGGCCUCGAGGAUGAUGAAGAUAUGACACUCACACGAUGGACAGGAAUGAUUAUUGGGCCACCCCGGACUUGCUUUGAAAACAGAAUAUAUAGCCUGAAAAUAGAAUGUGGAAGUAAAUAUCCAGAGUUAGCUCCAACUGUUCGAUUUGUAACAAAAAUAAAUAUGAAUGGAAUCAACAAUUCCAAUGGAAUGGUGGAUUCACGUAGCAUACCAGUUCUAUCAAAAUGGCAAAAUUCCUAUAGUAUUAAGGCUGUACUUCAAGACCUACGGCGUAUGAUGACAUGCAAAGAGAAUGUGAAGACUUCACAGCCUCCUGAAGGACAAACAUACAGCAAUUGAUUUUAAUUGAUUCAAAAUCACUCUCCAAAACCUCACUUCUUGUUGCUUUCAAAUUUCAACAAUAAUAAACAUCCACUAAAAUAGACCUAGAUAUCUGUAAAUCUUGAAAUGUAUGCCCACACAGUGAUGUUCCCAGGCAAGAAUAAAUUUUGAAGUGGGGAUGAGUAGCUUUAUUGCUCUUACCAAGUCAAUGAUAAUGAUGAUACAAAAGCAAUUUACAAUCUAUGCUUUUACAUAGAUGGGGCAGAGAUAAAAAUGAGUGAAACCAAGUCAUUUAUUGCUUGAUCAUAGCAGAUGUUAUGCAAGAUAAUUGGUUAAUAAAGGCAGUGGUUGGUGUAUAUAAUAGCAUGUUCUUGAACUUCUCAAUGAAAGAGAGCUGUAUCACAAUUUAGGUUGUCGUGUAUGUUAUGCAAACUAAGCUCAAGAAUUGUUGAAAGUUUUCGCUCAUUAUUUUGCUGCUGUUUAAUUGUAAUGUUGGUGUGUUGAGGAUUGUUUUAAUAUUUGUAUUUAUGGAAAUUACUUUCUGAUAGGCAGCUGUGUAUCAAGUAAUAUUGCAUUUGUUUACAGUAUGAUUCUGCCACAACAUACAUUUGAAAUUGAAAGAAGAGUAUUGGUGUAUAGUUAGAACUCACUAAGAUUAAAGUUAGUCUUGAAGAUGUGAAUAAGAUGCAGUGAGAUACUUUUUGUUUCCUUCUGUGAAUUAGGUAAUUGAUUGACCAAAUGUGUUAACGUUAGUGGCAACAUAAUUCAGAUUGUUACAGUUUCAGAACAUUUUAAAGGUGUCCGUUUGAGAGACAACAAGAAUCAUCUUCAACUUUAAAAGAAAUUUUUUCCCAGAAGGCCAUAUGGUCUGACUAGCGAAAAUUCUAGAUUGAACUUUCCUUGAAUCCUGUAGAAAAAAAAUCAUAUGUUUCUCAGACUAAAAGCUGCUAAUGAUCCGGUCAAAAGAAAAUCGGGUAUUGUCUGAAGUUUACUUUCUUGUGAGGCUUUCCAUUGAAGUUUAUAACAAAACAUAAAGUGGCUGCAUUCAUUUAAUAAAUUUAAAUUUAAAGGUGUGCUAACCGCUUUACAGUC